AUGGCGGCUCGUGUCCUGCAGCAGUGUGUCCGCUCGCUCGCCCGGCCCUCGCUGAGGCUCUGCUCCGAUCCUCCUCUUCCUCCUCCGCAGGUCCCCUCAGUGGGCGUGUUUUGCCGACAGUAUGGAGACUUGCCCCCCUUCACCCUAGAGGUCAUCAGAGAUCGUGUCAUGUAUGUCCUCAAGCUCUACGACAAGAUCAACCCCGAGAAGCUGCAGACAUCCUCUCACUUCAUGAAAGACCUGGGUCUGGACAGCUUGGACCAGGUGGAGAUCAUCAUGGCCAUGGAGGAUGAGUUUGGCUUUGAGAUCCCUGACGCAGAAGCAGAGAAGUUGAUGAGUCCUGAGGAAAUUGUACAAUAUAUCGCAGACAAGAAGGACGUUUAUGAAUAGCCUGUUCUAUAGUUCACUACAGAGGUUGACGCCAGCGUGACCCCACAGGAAGUUCUCGUGAAGCAGAUCUGCACCAAACCAUUAUCCACUUCCUCCCGUCAGCUCUUCUGUCCAUUACGGCAUUGUUGGCUGCCGUGUGUUGUGUUUGACUGUAUUUAAAUGAACAUGUGCUUUGGGAGCUUGGAGAUAAAACAAUAUUAAACAAGGUUAUAUCACAGUUUUUUUUUUUUUCUUCCAGCUCUAACCUGUGGUUCCGAUGUAUAAUUUCUCAUAAUUAGAUCAAUAAAGACACAUGCUGUAUAGA